GAGUUGAAUGCACCACGACAAAAGGGGCAAACCGUGGUUGCAUAUUACAAUCAAUUCAUAACACUAUGGAAUCAACUGCAUGGAACCGGCGAUCCUGCCGGGGGUUGUACAUGUGUAGCCGCCACUAUGACACGGGCUAAGUUCGAACGAGAAAAGACAAUUGAUUUCCUACUUGGAUUAGAUGAUGAUCAGUUCAGUCAUCUACGAUCAAACCUCCUUGGCACUGAACCCAUACAAGAUUUGGAUAGAGCCUUUCAUCUCGUGUCACAAGAAGAACGCCAUCGCACAAUCAUUCACAGCCGUGAUGAUAAAAUCGAUGCUAUGGCAUUUGCAACUCACCGCGGCGACAGGAUCACACUACCUCCUCCACCUUCGGAGAAACUUCUCUGCACACACUAUGGCCGUACAAACCACAACGUUGACGCUUGCUAUGAACCGGUUGGGUUUCUGGCGCAUUAUACACACCUAGCCGCCAACAAAGGACCAUCCGCAGCUAGAGGUGGACGUGGAGGCAGCGCCGGGGGCCGAGCGCCGCACACUGGCGGACGUGGAGGAGGGCGCCGAGGUGCUACAGCCGUCGGCAACAACACUGGUGUCGCCCACGCUGCAACCAACGAUACUUCAAGCCCCAAUCUCAGCGAUCAAAUGGCCCGCCUCAUGUCGUUGCUUAAUCAUCCAAUGCCACUCGGUACAAUGGACCCUUUAUCGCAGACGGAGAUUGGACGGGCUCAUGCGAUCCGUUCAAGCGAUUUUUCUCUAGGCUUCGAUUAUGAAUUCAUCCCUGAUGGUAAUUUCCUGGCAUGGAGAGGUAGGGAAAGGAGUCGUUGCCAACACCGGAGAUAGUGGAGGCCCCUCGUCGCUGAUUGUAAACUGCCGCUGCCUGUGCAUCGUUGAAUCGAGACUCCGCAUCGUCGUAGUUGGAGAAAGGAUCGCAGCCUCGCCCCUGCGUGCUGGUCUGAUCGCGGUCACCAAUUGAAAAUCCGUAGUGAGGGAAGGGGUCUGCGUUGCCUCAGAUGGAAAACAAAGAAGGACCGAAGAAGAAGAAACGGCGCUGUGGCGCAGAGGCGAUAAUCAAUUUAUAUACCCUGG